UGCGUAGUUAAAUAUGAAGUUUAAUGAGAAGAUGAAAACCGCUGACCCUUGCGACAUCCUUAUCGCGGUGAUGCCCACUCCCUGACCGAAAAUAAGCGUCCAGUAGUAAAUUCGCGAUCGUUCAUGCAACAUGGAGAGAUUGCCGAUCUGCCUGAUUGUUUUUGCGUGCCUUAGUGUCGGCACCUGGGCGAUUGACGGUGUCAAAGGUGGCCAUCGGCCGCGUCCCAGCGGGCAUUAUCAGGGCACCAACUCCUCGCAAAAUGGCCUUUGCUACAAAAGGGUGCCAUACAGUCAUGUCUCAAACUCCAGCGGAUCGCCUUAUAAUACUUUUCCUCAUCCCGAUGGCAAUCCUCACAACGACGGUUGGAUCACUAUCUUGGACUGUUGCGACGGCUACGAGCGUAACGUGACGAGCAGUCUGUGCGAGCCGCAAUGCGAGCGCGGCUGUUUCGGAGGCCGUUGCACAGCCCCGAACGUGUGCAGCUGCCCGCCAGGAUGGCGUUCCGAGGAAGGCGUUUGCAUGCCCGUCUGUUCGCAUCGGUGCCAGGAGAACGCGUACUGCUUCUCGCCCGAGGUGUGCGUGUGCAAGUUGGGCUACGACGAGGUCGACGGUCACUGCAGACCGAUCUGUCCCGACGGAUGCAGACAGGGUGAAUGCGUGGCGCCGCGCGUCUGCAGCUGCAGGCCAGGAUUCGUUCUGAAUGAGCACAAGGAGUGCGUGGCCGCGUGCGAGGGUGGCUGCGUGCACGGCGUGUGCAGCGGCCCGGGCGUGUGCACCUGCAACGAAGGAUACAUCAAUCCUCCCGGCGAUCGCGAGUCCUGCGUUCCCCAUUGCCCGGGCGGUUGUCACGACGGCGAGUGCACGGCGCCUGGUGUUUGUAACUGCAGACCCGGGUACUCGCGGGACCGUUACAGCGGCAGAUGCAUCCCGGGUACGGGUUCGUCCCAGUGCGGAUAUGGAUACAUCAUGGACCGCGAUACCGGUAGAUGCGUCCCCACAACGACGCCCCCGACAUCGCAGCCCGUCGGCGACUGCAGAUACGGCUGCGGUCCGCACAGCGUGUGUAUCGGCUACAAUCGGUGCGCCUGCGAACCGGGAUUCACCGUUGAUCUCGAUACCGGUAGAUGCAUCGCGACGCCCGCGACCAACGCGACGCAAUGCAGCAGAUACGGCUGCGGGCCGAACGGCCGAUGCGUCGGCACGAACAUGUGCGUCUGCGACCCGGGAUUCCGCAUCGAUCCCGAUACCGGAAGAUGCAUUCGGCACGACAUUGGUGGCACGGGCGAGGAUAUGUGCCAGCACGCGUGCUUGAACGGCCGAUGCACCGGGCCGGAUCAGUGCACCUGCAAUCACGGGUACACGCACGACGUCCGCGACGUUACGCGUUCCAGAUGCGUGCCGGUGUGCGUGGGGGGAUGUCAGAACGGCGUGUGCACCAUGCCCAACUACUGCAUAUGCAAUCCCGGAUAUCGAAAGGAAGGUGUCAAGGGUCGACAGAGAUGUGUCCCGCAAGAAUAUUGCUCGACAAUUAUGAAAUUUUCAUAUAUUAUAAUUGUUCUUGCCAUUCUAAUAUCAAAUGGAUUCGUUACUUCGGAAGAGCAGCAAUUCAGAUUACAAUUUCCAGGUUUUUCUUCGGGAAAUUGUAGUAAAAUUGUUAGUUUUAUAGAAACAUAUCAAGUUCCAUACAUGGAAACGUAUAAGGAAAAAACGUGGGGUAUUUUUUAUAAAACCCGCGUUCGAUGGAAUUAUAGAAUUGAGUCUCGCAAAUCAUGGCGCAGAGAAUACGAAUGUUGCGACGGAUAUACACUCAAGAGUGGAUGGAAGAGGAAUAUAGGCUACUACUCAAGCUGUGAACCGAUUUGUCAUCCUGAUUGCGGAAACGGCACGUGUAUAGGCCCAAAUGUAUGCAUUUGCAAUUACGGAUAUCGUACAAAGAAUUCUGUAACGGAUUAUACAGAGUCUGACAGCUUCGCCUGUGUUCCUGUGUGCACUAGCCCUUGUGUAAACGGCAAAUGUAUCGCACCCGACACUUGCAUGUGCGACUCUGGAUACAAACUGAAGGGGGAUCAUCACAUGUGCGAACCUGUCUGCGACAAACCGUGUCCUAUAGGAUCAUUUUGCUAUAAACCCAAUCAAUGUCUCUGUCUGCAAGGGUACAAAACGAAAGUGCCAAUGCCCAUUAAUAAUUAUGAAUUAGCCAACAUGUGUCAGCCUAUUUGUGAAAAAGAGUGUGUUCAUGGCAAGUGCACAGCCCCCAAUGUCUGCACAUGUGAUGAUGGUUAUCAGCCUGAUGCAUUCGACUUAUUCAACUGCGAGCCCAAGUGCGAGAACGACUGUCUUUUCGGUUCGUGUACCGCACCCAACGUGUGCACCUGCAACGAGGGCUACUCUUUAAAGACUCCCAGCGUUUGCGAACCAGUCUGCAGCAAAGCUUGCGUUAUGGGCACUUGCGUGGCUCCCGAAAGCUGCAGCUGCUUCACGGGCUACGGGUUGCUAGAAAGUUCAAAGUAUAUCUGCGAGCCGGUCUGCGAGAAGGCUUGUCUCAAUGGACGAUGCACUGCACCUGGCGUAUGCACAUGCAACGAAGGAUUCCAAUUGAGUGGUGACGAGACAGAGAAGCACAUUUGCAAACCCUAUUGCGAAAUUCCUUGUGAACCGUUCGGCGUGUGCAUUGCGCCGGGUACCUGUUCCUGCUUUGAAGGAUAUCGCCUGGCUGAUAAGACGAAAGCCAAGAAAAUCAGUUCGGAAUAUUUUGCCGUCAGCUCGGUUUGCGAGCCGAUCUGCGAUACGGAGUGUGCGAAUGGAUUCUGCAGCGCUCCGGGGAGGUGCAGUUGCCACGCCGGCUAUCAUCUGUCAGACAAAGAUCACAUCUCGUGCGAACCCACGUGUAGCCAGAGUUGCAUCAACAGUUUGUGCAGCGCACCUGAAACUUGUCGAUGCAACGAGGGCUAUCGUCCUUCCAAUUCCUCGUACAAAUGCGAGCCCCAUUGCAAAACUGACUGCGUCAAUGGACAUUGCACGGCGCCAGACGAAUGCACCUGCAACUCCGGUUAUCAACCUAGAGAAGGCGAUAGAAACUUCUGCGAACCCAUUUGCAACCCGAACUGCAAAAACGGCAUUUGCGUGCAGCCCGACGUGUGCAGCUGCAAUCCAGGCUAUCGUCGAUCGAUAAAUUCCAAAACCAACGUGUGCGAUCCUAUCUGUCACCCGGCUUGCGAAACAAACGGAAUCUGCGAGGCGCCCGAGCUCUGCGUCUGCAAGAACGGUUAUCGCAUGGUUUAUUACGACGGAGGAAACGUCCCGUUUGAAUGCAAGCCGAUCUGCGGCGUCGAAUGUGGCAAUGGCACGUGCACUGCCCCGGAUCUUUGCGUGUGUUUCGACGGCUAUCGAAACGCGAAGAUCGGCGGAUGCGAGCCCGUCUGCUCGACCUGCGGCAACGGCACGUGCGUCGCGCCCGAGGUCUGCGAAUGCGACGACGGAUUCGUCCUCGCGGGCCCAAAUCUCGAAUUCGGAGCAGAGGGACCUCGGUUCGUGGUUGACUCUGAGAAUGAAACGAGAAACGGAAGCAGAUGCGUGCCGCAUUGCGAGAAUUGCGAUAACGGCGAGUGCGAGGCACCAGAAGAGUGUCGAUGUCAUGCCGGUUUCGUGAAGAUCGAAGGCACCUGCGUGCACGCGUGCCAGGGUGGCUGCGGUGCUCACGGCGAGUGCGUCGAGGAACGCAGGACUUGCGAGUGCACUUACGGAUGGGCUGGACGAAACUGCGAUCGACCAACCUUGUGUGUCUUGAUUUUGAACGAUGAAGGGAAUUAUACCGACAGAUUAACAAUUAUCGAGGAACAAAAUGCUACAAUCGAACAUGUAUUCAUGAAUAACCCAGUGUGUUCUGAGUGCAUUGGUAAAGUAAACAAUGAAACUUUGUGCUUUAAUAUAUUUGUCAACGGUACAAGGAAUGAAAUGCAGAUUGGUUGCUUAAUGCAUGAAGGAUGCUUCGCAUUGAGCAGUCAAUAUAAAAGUCAAGGAGAAAUGAUCAAAUUAACAAUUGGAAUUGCAAGUGGAAUAUUAAUUCUGACAGCAAUAACGAUAUAUCUGAUAUUCCGAAAACGUCGAAAUAGACAGGCAGAUCUAGGCAGUGUUCAGAUAACAUGCAGACACAGUGCAUCGACGCAAGGAUUAAAGCAACAAAUCAUGGGAUUAUUUAAUAGUUUGAUCACUAUUUUAGCCGUCAAAAUUCUAUUUUUACAAGUGAACAUAUGGCAUAUAAUUCCAUGUGUUGAGGGUUUUCUGUGGUCGAAUUUAAUCGAUGAAGCUAUGGAACCAGUUAAUGAUUCAAAUUGUGACAUGACCAGUCAUAAAAUAUUACAAUACGUUCCUUAUGUAGAAACAUAUAGAUUGCCUUGGUCCCCCCACGACUAUUACGUAAGAAGGCGAUUCAAUUAUAGGAUGCAGUGGACGUGCUGCACAGGCUAUGUUCUAUCCGGUGCAACGUGUGUACCACGUUGCCCACGAACAUGCGAGAAGGGUACGUGCAAGGAGCCGUACGUGUGCACCUGCAACAGAGGGUACCGAAUGUUAAGCGACAACGGCGAGGGUCCGUGCGUACCGGAAUGCACGAACGGUUGCAUCAACGGCACCUGCGUCGAUCCCGAGAUUUGCAGUUGCAACGAGGGCUAUUGGCUGGAUUCGGACGGAUACACCUGCCGGCCCGUCUGCGACACGAAAUGCGAGCAGAAUCACGGAUACUGCUCCGAGCCGAACGUGUGCACGUGCCGGUCCGGUUACAGGAAGACUGGCAACGAUUCCUCUCCAUUCACGUGCGAGCCCGUCUGCGAACGCGCGUGCAGCAACGGCCAUUGCGCAGCCCCUAACGUGUGCAUGUGCGAGGCCGGCUAUGAGGUAGACGAGCCAUUCAUCUGCAAACCCAAGUGCGACGAGCCGUGCGUUUUCGGGACGUGCACAGCGCCGGGAACGUGCACCUGCGAUCACGGUUAUAAAGCGACGAACGCGAGCGUGUGCGAGCCGAUCUGCAGCGAGCCCUGCGAGAAUGGUACGUGCGUGGCGCCGGAGAGCUGCAGAUGCAACGAGGGCUACCGACACCGUAACGGCAGCUCCGAAUAUAUAUGCGAACCGAUCUGCGAGAUCGACUGCGGCAAUGGCAAGUGCACCGCGCCCGGAUUGUGCACUUGCGAGAGCGGAUUCGAUUAUAAUGAAACGGAGCGAAGGUGCAAGCCACGCUGCACGAUACCUUGUGGACCGAAUGCAGAAUGCAUAUCACCCGACCAAUGCGUUUGUUUGAAAGGAUAUCAAGUAUCCACAGCUUUAAAAUGGUUAAAUAAAAGUCACUUAAAUAAGAGAACUUAUCCCUUUAUAUUUAGCCAUGUAACGGCAUACACGAUGCAUGUCUGCCAACCACUUUGCGAUUUCUCCUGCAUCAAUGGCGAAUGCACUGCCCCAAACGUGUGCACCUGUGACCCGGGUACAACCUACUAUCCGUCGUGGGUCGAAUUUCAUCAGUCUCCGAGCAACAAGCAGCGCAUCUGUACGAAACGUUUCGGACCCCCCUGCGACGCGCUCUCGUGCGGGGAGAAUGGAACCUGUCACUCAUCAGGCAUUUGCGUUUGCAAUGACGGUUACGCAAAGGACACGGACGGUGAUUGCGUACCGUUCUGCAUCCCAGCAUGCGCCAAUGGCACGUGCACGGCGCCGAAUCGGUGCACGUGCCACGACGGUUUCGCGCCGCGGAACGAGAGCUUGUGCGAGCCGAUUUGCGAAAGGGGUUGUCAGAACGGCGAUUGCAUCGGCCCGAAUCGUUGCGUUUGUCACGACGAUUUUAUACCGAACAUAGACCACCAUGUGGGGCCGGAGUGCAUCCCCGUGUGCACUCGCAACUGCAGCGGACAUGGUGUAUGUGUCAUCGACCGCGGCAACGACUACAAAUGCGAGUGUCACUUCGGGUGGACGGGACGGGACUGUGAUCAGCCGACCAUGUGCGUCAUAACGAUGGCUUACGAUCACAACGAUGUUAACAGAAUUACGAUUCGUAAUGAUACGAACAGCACGAUCGUGCGAGUCUACGAGAGUGCGCCGUAUUGUCAGUGCAGUGAUAAAUCUCUUGACAAUGAAACAUUGUGCUACAUGAUGCAAUCUGAUGAUGACAAUACGACUUCUAAUAUCAGCUGCUUGUUUAGUAUAGAUUUGCCUUGUUACACGACGCCUCGUUACAAUGCUUCUAUUAAUGUUACUAAAAUAGUUUGGCCUUUCGUCACUAUUGCUAUAUUAUUGGCCGUAAGUUUGACAACAGCAGCAUAUUUAAUGUACCGCAAACGUCAGAAGAAGAAAUUAACUACAGUUUCAGUAGGUCUGUCGACAAACAUCUUCGUACGAGAAUCUUUCGCUACCGAAUUUUUGUUGCCUGACAAUGAGAUCUUACUUUAAAAAAGACAUCAAUAGGAAGACAUUCACAAAGAAUGGAUUGCCGUAGUUGUGAUAAUAGUAAUUGUAAUAACGUAAUUAGAUCAUAUUUUAUAGCUCAUGCAAAAAUAAGUAAUAUUCAUUUAGCCAAUCUCUGUUAGCAAUAAUAUUUUCUCAUAUAAACCUAGUUUAUUAUAAUCAAGUUUAUUAUUUCUUUGAUCGUAUAUAUUAAAAUGUUCUGAUAACAUUAAUAGAAAUAUAUUGUAUAAAAUUGUUUGUCAAAUAAAUUUUAUGUAAUAAAAAGGCAAUAAUUUACU